CCCAUAAUGGACUGCUUACACACAUCUUAACCCCGUAAUAAGAACCCGAGAAAAAAAAAAAAAAAACUGACUAUAAAUUCAAACAGUUUCCUGAGGGGUUUUUCUUUUCUUUCUUAAAACACGUUCUUACUAAACACGAACAAGAAAAUGGCUCAACAACAACAAGUCAACAUUGCCGAUCUCGACAUGAAUGCUCUUCAGCAAGUCAAGGGUCAAUUAGAAGAAGAAUUAAACCAUUUGACCCAAUCUUACAGUAAACUCAAGAAUGUCCAAGGCCGUUUCACCGACUGUGCCGAAAGUGUAGAUGCUCUCAAAGUGGAAAAGGCCGAUGACAAGACUAUUCUUUUUUACAUCAUUAUUGUCCUUAACCCCCUCUUGUACCUCUAUGUUCCAGGUAAAUUAAGCAAUGUGAACAAGGUUAUUGUGGAUGUCGGUACCGGUUAUUACGUUGAAAAGUCUGUCGGAGAUGCAUCCAAGUUUUAUAAUGACAAGGUUGGAUAUGUCAAAAAGAACCUCGGUACACUUGAAAAGACCAUCACUGACAAACAAAGCACAUUAAGAGCCAUUGUUAAUGUCAUGCAAGAUAAAAUGCAACAGAAUUAA